AUGGUCUGUUCGACGUCAUGUAAGUGUACUUUUGACUAUUUGCAAUUCUUUCAUGUUAUUUAUUCUCUUUACCGGUCGCAACUGAUUACGUACUUAAAUGUCGCGAUCUUGUUCAAUCGACCAACAAUAAUGUUUACUGUCAUGGGCGGAUUCUAAAUGUGAGUAAUAUUUAAUUUUAACAUUUUAAAAUUAAUUUUAUAAUAAUUUUCGUAAUAUUUCAAGUUGUUUAUUUUAUUCUAAUUCAACAGUUUUAGGCUGUCACGAAGUAUUCGUUGUUUUCCGAUUCAAAAACGUUUACUGAGUUGCCACUGAGGUUAUCUCCAGAAGAUGUUCUCAACAAGUUUAACAUCCUGUUUCCGACUGAUGAACAGAUCAGUAAAGACACUUUGAAACAGUUUGUGGAAGAAAAUUUUUACAGUGCAGACAGUUUGGAGUCAGGAAGGUCUGUUGAACUUAAUGUGUAAGUUAAUUCAGCCAAGUUAACUAUGGCAUUUGUAGUAUUUUUUCAAUUAAAAAUGUUUCUGACAUUCUACGUUACAUAAGGUCUUAUUAUUAAAAAUAACUUCAUAAUGUUUUAGAUGCACACCAGUUGAUUGGAAGCCGAUCCCACCUUCAUUUCUCCAGAUUCAAGAUAAGUCAUCUCGAGAGUUUGCCCUUGAUAUUCACAAGAAGUGGACUGAUUUGUGUCGCUCUGUGACCAAGAAUGUGGAGGACAACCCUAAUAGGUUUUCCUUGAUCUAUCUAAAACAUCCUUUUAUCGUGCCUGGAGGCAGGUUCCGAGAAAUGUACUAUUGGGACUCUUACUGGACCAUCAAGGGGCUUCUGGUGUCUGAAAUGUAUGAAUCUGUUAGGUUUAUGUUACUCAACAUGGCCGAUUUGAUCAAAAAGUUUGGGUUAAUACCAAAUGGAGGAAGGAUCUAUUACCUACAACGAUCACAGCCACCUUUGUUUGGCUUUAUGAUAAAGGAAUACUUUGACAAGACUAAGGAUGUGGAGUUGGUCAAGGAAUUGUUACCUUUUCUCGAAAAAGUCAGUUUUUUUGUAAAACACUAAAAUUAUGGUCGUUUUGUAGGCUUAAAAGGAGCGAGUUGUCAAGUUGUUAUAGUCAAAGUUUACAAAACAUGCUUUAUGCAAUGAUAACUUCAAAUAUAUUUUGACAUUUUUUAGGAAUUCGAAUUUUGGGACAAGAACAGAAGUCGCAUACUCAAGAUAGACGAUGACUCUUACCGAGUGUACCAAUGUAACGCUGAUAGCGACUUUCCUCGACCCGAAUCUCACAAAGAAGAUGUGAAUCUAACAAAGAAUGUGACUGAAGUAGACCAGAAACACAAGAUCUGGCAUGAACUGGCUUCAGCAGCAGAAUCUGGCUGGGAUUUCAGUACAAGAUGGUUGAGAAACAAUGACGAUUUGAGUACUCUCGAGACUACCAGUAUAUUACCUGUUGAUUUGAAUGCAUUUAUUUGUGGUUCGAAGAUGGUUUUGAUGAAUUUGUACAAGGAAGUUGGUGGUAAUGGAGACAGAAUCAUAGAGUUGGAGAAGGAAAUCAGAGCUAUGAAGAAAAUGAUGGAUAAGGUGUUUUUGGAUUUUGAGACUGGAACUUACUUGGAUUACAACAUCAGGAAGGGGUGUCACAACAGAGAGUUUUACCCUAUUGCUUUUGCUCCCUUCUUCUGUGAGCUUUUUGACGAUGAAGCUCACGAUGAGAUUCUGAAUAACACUUUCAGAAGGAUGAAAGAGAUGGGAGCGUGGGACUAUGUUGGUGGAAUACCAGCUAGGUAAUAUUCUUUUAAUAUUUUAAAUGAAGAAGACAGUAUACAAUAACCUUAUUCUAUUAUAUACAAUAUUGGGCAUACUAUGAUGUAUUCCUGUAUUUACUUAAACAUAAUUUUAGUAGAAUUCUAUGGUUCAUUUCAGUUUGACAACAUCACAGGAGCAAUGGGACUUUCCUAAUGUGUGGCCACCUCUUGUACACAUGGUUGUUGAAGCAUUACGUAAAUCAUCUGAUUCAACGUAAGUCAAUGUAAUGUUUUUUGUAUUUUUCUUUAGUAUGUUAUUUGUUAAUUUUUAAAUGUUUUAGAUUGAAGAAAGCUGGUUACGAUUUGGCAACAAAGUUCGUAGCCUACAGCUACGAGGUUUUUAAAGAAUACGGGUACAUGUUUGAGAAAUACGAAGCUACAGGUAGACGGAAGGUGGGGUCGGGUGGAGAAUACAAGGUUCAGGUAAGGUAGUAGAAGGACGAUAGGUUAUCUUUUAUAUAUUUUUUUAAAUGAUCUAUAGUUUUUCUUUACUAUAACAUGUCAUAUAAAUGAAAAGCUUUACUGAGCUUUACUUACUUAUUGACCGGUUGUUUAGCAAGGAUUUGGCUGGACGAAUGGAGUUGUCCUGGAUAUUAUAAUGACAUACAAGGACGAGAUCGAACUAGCUCCAAGGUUCAUCGAAGAGCCUGAGGAAAACACGGAACCAUGGUAUCUUCAUCCUCUACAUGCCAUUCACUUUGCCGAACACAAACCUAUAUUCUCCUCUACUUCGCCCGCUUUCUCCAUGUUCUUCUCUUUACUUCGAAUGCUUUAA